GAGAGAGAGAGAGAGAGAGAGAAUUGUAGGUUGAAGAUAAUAUCAGUAAAAAUAUAAUAUUUAAUAGUUUUCCAAUUACAAAUAUAUUUUUAUUUCUGCUGUGCUUAUAAUAUAUAGAUCAAUUUUAUUAUUAAUAUAAUGAGUUUGUCGCAAUAAUAAUAUAUUAUUUGAAAAGAAAAGAAUUAUGAUUUAUUUUCUAAAGGAAGCACGUACAUUGUAUGUACGUACAUGUAUUAUGUCAUUGAAAUGAUAAGCCGCAAAGUAAUAAGAUGAACUUCUGCUUAGAUAACACAGAUACAUCUUUAAGAUGGAACUCAAAUGUGCAAUUCAAACGUAUAAUUGGGGGAAGUUUGGAAUGGACAGUAUUGUUGCAACUUUAAUGAAAUCAGCUAAUGCUGAUUUUGUGGUGGAUGAGCAAAAGACUUAUGCGGAACUAUGGAUGGGUACACACGAGAAUGGUCCAUCAUAUCUCAAAGACACAGAUAUCUCCUUACAGAAAUACAUUCAAGAGAAUACUAAAGUGUUAGGUAGUGAUACAAUACAAAUAUUUGGCUCUAACUUACCUUUUCUCUUUAAGGUCUUGUCUAUAAAUAAAGCUUUGUCCAUUCAAGUGCAUCCAAAUAAGGAGAAAGCAAAAGAAUUGCAUGAAUUGUAUUCGAAUAUCUACAGAGAUCCAAAUCAUAAACCAGAACUAGCGAUAGCUUUAACUCCUUUUGAAGCACUUUGUGGAUUCCGUCCAAUUACUGAAAUAAAUAAUUAUCUGAAUAAUAUACCAGAGUUACUUUCUGUGAUAGGAGAAACCAAUGUUUGUCGUUUACUUCAAGCGACUGAUUCUAUGAUCAGUGACGCUUUGCGACAAUGUUUCUAUAGUCUUAUGACCUGUGAUUCCAAUGAAGUGGCACAACAAUUGAGAAAUUUGAUAGACAGAUUACACAAUACAGUUGUGCUCUUAGAUGAUUCUUACAGGCAGUGGAUAAAAGCCGAUUUAUUAAAGCGCCUACACGCAGAUUAUCCUGGAGAUGUGGGUUGUUUUACAAUAUAUCUGUUUAAUUAUAUAACAAUGCAACCAGGUGAAGCCAUAUAUAUUGGACCAAAUAUACCUCAUGCAUAUCUCUCUGGUGAUUGCAUAGAGUGUAUGGCAUGUUCAGACAAUGUGAUAAGAGCUGGACUUACACCAAAACUGAAAGAUGUGCCAACUUUAAUACAAAUAUUGUUGUUUGAAUGUGAGGUAGCUUCUACCAGAAAGAUUCAACCAUUUCGGGAGGACGUAUUCACCGAAGUUUUUCGUCCACCAGUUCCAGAGUUUGCAGUAGCCAAAAUCACUCUACCACCUGGGCGGCCAUCUCACAAUUUAAAACAGAGAAACUCGGCCAGCAUACUGUUAAUAGUGAGCGGUAAAGCAGAAAUAUCUUCCAAGAUCUUUUCUCGUGGCUCUGUUCUGUUUAUCCCUGCUAAUGAAGUAGUGGAAAUUAAAGUUUUAUGUGGCUGUCAUCCCAUGCUAAUGUUUCAAGCGUUUCCAAAUGUUUAAAGAUACAAAACUCGACCAACAAAUAUACUUGAUUUUCGAAUCUUAAAACAAUUGGUACACAUCAAGUAACUUUUGGUGAGAUAUCCACUUUUCUAACUACUGUAUAAAUGUACAUAAUUUUCCUAAGAAGCAUGAAUUGAAGCAUAAUUAUAAAUUAUACAUUUCUAGAAACUUAUAACAAUCAUAUUAAAAAAAUAUUAUUCGAUAAAUUUUAUUAAUAACCAAAUAUAAAAAUAAUAUAUAGAUAAGAAAAA